AUGUGCGGGUCCAUCGCGGACUGGCCAAAGUACGUGAAGCGCGUCUAUGAUAACCUGAACCCUGGCGGUUGGGCCGAGUUCCAAGACUGGAGUUUCAUGAUCUACUCCGACGAUGGUACAAUCGAGGGCACCGAGCUUCUGCGGUGGGUCGACCUUUUCAUGGAUGCCUGCAAAAUCUUUGGCCGAGAUGGGCAAAUCGGACCCAAGCUAGAGGGUAUCGUGCGUGAGAACACCGCUUUCAUCAACGUUCACCACCAGCCGUUCAAGAUCCCUGCUGGUCCAUGGGCAAAAGACCCUCAUCUCAAGGAUAUUGGAAUGCUGGAGUUGAUUCAGCUGUUGGACGGUCUUGAAGGCUUCUCCCUGCGCCUUCUUUGCGGAGCUCUUGGGUGGACGAAGGAAGAGGUCCUUGUCUUGUUGGCUGGUGUUCGGAAGGAUUUGAAAGAUCCCAAGAUUCAUGCGUGGCUGUACUAG